AUGAUGAAAACCGAAGGCAAAGGGGAAAGGACUUUAAGAAGUGCUUCUCCGCACCGAAACGCCUAUAAAUCCGAUUUCCAUGCUAUCAAAUGCUCUUUUGAUGGCGUAAACAAUCCUGAAAACACUUCCAACAAAACGGGCUUGCACCAGAAGCUGAGCAGCUCUUCCAGUGGAGGGGGAAAUGACCUGCACAGUCGAGGCAGAGCUGCCACUUACGGCAACAGAGUACACAAGAUCAAGAAUAUGUUUCUGCAAAUGGGAGGCUCCUCUUCUGCACCCUCUUGUGAAAGCAGUCCACCUGCUGAAACCAAAUUAAUCAGCCGGGCCACAGCAGCAGAGUAUGGACCUUCUCCAGGUAGUCCAUCUUUCCUCAUUGUCCAAAAAAAUAAUCUUCUUAAUACAAGUACCAGCCCCGGCAGCAGCCCUGUGGAUUCAUUUCCUGUGCCUUCUGCUGCUGACAAGGUCAUCCGUAGCAACGAUGAGGCAGACUUGGACAAAGUUGCCCUAGCAGAAAAAUUUUCAGAGACCAGGAAGCUAUUUGAGAGAAAUAUAAAACAGCGGAGCUCAGUGGACAGAUAUUCCCCCAGCAAAUGUGAGAGAAGUGAGGAUAAGAGGAGGCAUGGUUCAGCUUCUGACUGCAGCAGUGUGGCGGACCACUUCAGUUUUAAUACAGAAGCGAGUGUUCCAACUGUGCUGGAGAGAGUUGAAAAUCAAGGUAGUGAGGACUUCAAGCAGCAGCAUCCCAACAGUGGUUCCAAAUCCUCCUUCCUGAAUGCAGGGCCCAUUUCUAGGAGGCUGGAAAGCUUUCUGGGUGACAGUGAUACUGAAGAAUCCAAAGAAAUUUCCAAAAAUUAUAGUCCUCCAAAUCAGGACCCUGUGAGAGGCCACCACAGUUUGGAUGCGUCUGCUAUUGCUGAAGGAUGUCCGGAGAAGUCUGUGUCCACAAAAAUGCCUGUGAUCCACGGAGCUGAUAUUAGCGAGGCACUUGGAAAAGACAAAAGAGAGCAACUGGUACUUGAGAGAAGCCUAUGGGAUGUGGGCAGUACACCUGGUCAGGAGGCUCAGCGGAGAUCGGAUGGUGUUCUCUCCCAGGUUUCCCCCGUGGAUGGGACUUGCACAGAGCUGGUUGCACAGAUUGAAACCUCAGGGCAUGAAAAAGAAGCUUUAGAGAAAGAUCACGUUGUUCAAGAGGAUCUGGCACUCCGAUGUCAAAUACCGGAAGGGAGGAGGAGCAACUAUUCCUUGGAGGUGGUAGAAGGGUUUGGGGUAGGCAGCAAGACCAAUUGGGAAGAAGGAAGAGAUGGGUUGUCUGUGAAAGAUGGUCCAGUUACACGCUUUCAGGAUGUUCUAGAGCAGGAAGGGGAUACUGAAGAUGAGCAAGUGGUGGAAAAGCAGAGUGAGAACGUCUGUGCUUUUGGAAUAGAGAAUGCGGCUUUUGAUGAUGACAGGGAUAUAGAGCCAGAAAACCAAGGGCCUGAAGGCCAAGAAAUUUUGGAGGGGGAGGAGGAGGAAGAGUAUAUGUAUGACAGUGAGUAUGAGGAGUUUCCUGGACUUUCUGAAGAGGAAGAUCCUGAGCCAGACCGAAAAGUCAAGUUCUCAACUGCUCCUAUCAAGGUUUUCAGUACUUACUCAAAUGAAGACUAUGAUAGACGUAAUGAAGAAGUUGACCCUGUGGCAGCCUCAGCUGAGUAUGAACUUGAGAAAAGGGUGGAAAAAAUGGAAGUGUUUCCUGUGGAAAUUGAAAAAGGUGACAGUGGUCUGGGCAUCAGUAUUAUUGGAAUGGGAGUUGGUGCUGAUCAGGGACUGGAAAAACUAGGUAUUUUUGUAAAAACAAUAACAGAUGGUGGAGCUGCUCAGCAAGAUGGACGAAUUCAAGUAAAUGAUCAAAUUGUGGAGGUCGAUGGCAUAAGUCUAGUGGGAGUUACUCAGUUCUUUGCAGCCACCGUAUUAAAAAACACCAAAGGCACAGUGAGGUUUCUGAUUGGGAGAGAGAAGCCAGGGACUCAGAGUGAAGUAGCCCGCCUGAUUAGCGAGACCUUAGAGCAAGAGAGAUGUCUGUCUGAGCAGCACUAUAUUCAUGAUGAUACAGAGCAGGAUGACUAUGAUGAUGAUGACGAUACAUAUGAGUCACAUUUACAUGGCAAUUCUGUGGAAGUUUUUGAUCUUCCUGAAACUGAAGAUAUCUGUUUACCAUUGGAUAUGGAUUCAGCCCAGUCCCUUCUUAAAUUUAAAGAGUUACAAUUAAAACAUGCAGUAACAAUAGCUGAAGUGAAUCAACUGAAGGACAAAUUAAAAAUUGUUGAAGCAGAAAAAAAUGAAUGGAAACUAAGUCGAGCCCAACUUCAGGAAAACUUAGACGAAAGCAAAGAGAAAAUUAAAAAGUUGGAGACCUACUGGUUAGAGGCACAGAGUUUAUGCAAAACGGUAAACGAGCAUCUCAAAGAAACUCAAGAACAAUGCGAUGCCCUUGAAAAGAAAUACAGCAAGGCCAAGAAAUUGCUUAAAGAUUACCAACAAAAAGAAAUAGAAUUUAUGAAAAAAGAAGAGGAUCACGCAAGGCUACUUGAAGAGAGAGACCAGAAAUACGCAGAACAGCUGAGAAUAUAUCAGGAAAAAAUUUCUGAGCUUGAAGGUAAAUUAGAAAUAUUUGAGAGAAUGCCAUCUGUGUUUGGAGGUGGCAGUUUAUUGGAAGGUGGCUGUCAAAGUCCAGGACAAUAUAAUGAACAGUCAAAAAUAAGAGAGGAAAAUGAAAAAGAAAUAGAAUCAAUAGAAGAAAGACCAAAUUCUUCAGAAGUGUUCAUUUCUGAUUUUGAUGCUUUUGUUGGGGAUACUCCCAGAUUAGACACCAGUGCCCACAAAGCAAAAGCUCAGCUUGCUUUGAAAGUAAAACGCCAGCCACCUUCUCGAUCAAAGCUGAAAGAAUCUCUUGGGGCUGGACAACAGACUGCAAAUCUACAGGAUGAGGAUUCAGAAGAUACUGUUCUCAACAGAGAACUUUCCACUGUGUACCUAACCAAGACCUUAGAAACAAGUGAAAAAUUAACUCUCCCGCGCCUGGGUGACAUAAAUCAAAAGAGUGAAAAGCCUGAACAAACAGAAAGCACAGAAAGUCCUCUAGAGUCAAGUCCUGCUUCCACACACUCUUCUCCAGUACACAAACCAAACAACGAAAAUAGCACAACCACCACUUGUUCACCUCCUCCUGAAGAGAUGGCUCCAAAUUCUCCUCAAGGGUAUUCCAAGAAUGUUAAGCAAAGAGAAGCAAAAGGGAGAUUUUUUUUGGAAAGAGCAGAAGAAAAGAAAAAUGAAGACAAGACAGUAGAAACAAGUGAAGGAACAUCAUCAGGGAAGUCCAAAAGGAGAUUUCCAGAUUUUGG